AGGUGGACAGUCAUUUAAAAGUCCUGACUAAUCGCCUUAGUCCGAUCAGUUCUUAUCUCUUUCCUCUGUCACACCUAUUGUUGAAAACAAAAACAAAGCAAUACCUCAGGAGAGGAUUUCAACAGUAAAAAACAACAGAGUUAAGAAGACUAUUGGCUUAGGGAGGAAGUUAUGUAUUCAUUCUCGAUGGCCGUCUACAUUCCUGUGUAUUUUGCAUAAAAUACAUCUCACGUGUUGAAGGAAAGGUGACAUUUAUGCAGAUGAAUUUCACAAUUGUGCGUCCAAUAUUUCCUCUGUGUCAGGGAAUACACAAGGUUCACUCACAGGAUAGAUACCUGUAAAUCAUUUUUAAGUUUCAUAGGAUAAUUUUACUGUGGAGAGAUUUUAGCAGGUAUUUGCUCAGGACUACCAGAUGGCUGGGAACAAGCUGUGACACCAGAGGGAGCUAUUUACUUCAUAGAUCACAAUACACAGACUACGACCUUUGAGCACCCAGUGACUGGCAGAACAGUAAGCCAUGGGAGUCCCAAACAAUCCUCCACCUCUGCAGCCUCUCCCCCUAACAGCCCUGGUGGAGGACCCCCAAAGUCACCAAUAAGAUCUCCUACAAAACUAAGAGCUCUGAAGGCACCAGCUGCAAAACGAGAAGAAACCGCCAUGGUAACCAUAAAGGGCUGGCUUUAUCGUCAGGAGAGUGGUGGCCUGAAAUCUUGGAAGAAACGCUGGUGUGUCCUUGCAGAUUUUGGACUCUUCUUCUACAAAGAUGAUAAAGAGCAUCAUUCUGUGGGCUCCAUUUUGUUGCCUAGCUACCAGAUUUCCCAGAGUGCUCCAGGAGAAAGCAACAAAAAAUUUUCAUUUAAAGCAGAACACAACAACAUGAAGACUUAUUUUUUUGCCUCAGAUAGUCAGAUUGAUAUGGAGAGGUGGAUCAAGUCACUCAAAUUAGCAGCAGCCCUCAAGGGGGUCCCCAAGAAAUCUCCUGAACCAAAUAACAACACUCCAAAGUUAAUCCCUAAAUCAGCAUUUAUGGAGUGGGAUGAAGAUGAAGAUGAGGAUGUAAAGAAGAGAUUCAGUGGGCCACCAGAAUUUCCUCCAUCCAACAAGUCUAAUUCACAAUCAGCUUUCGGACCUUAUCAAGAUCAAGGACAACCAAGGCUUUCACCAGAGAAGAGGAAUACAAAUCAAUAUCCUGAGAAUCGUGACCCACCUCAUAGAAGAUAUGAACAUUUUCCUACUGAUCCAAGGGCACAAGUGAAUCAUAGGCCCCAGAACAGACAGACAGAUAGGGCAAGACCACUAAGUGAGGAAAUUCAACCCUCUAGAAAUUAUCCUAGAGACAAUUCACUAAGACCUGAUGAUCCCCAGAAUCGAAGGUCAUACAAUGAACCACAUCCUCAAGAAAGAUCUUACAACGAAUAUGAUCCAAGAAAUGUGGAUCCAAGAAGAAAUACUCAGGACAAUCGUCAUCCCACUUACAGGGAUGAGGUUGAUGCGAGGUUAGGUUAUCCAAACAGAAUUCCUGAUUACAGUAGAGCAGCUUAUGAUCAGGAAAAAGACAGGGAGAAUUCACACAAUCAAGACAAUGUGUACAGCAAACCUGUGAAAAAACUCAAUAGAGAUCUUUCUCCUCAUGAAAGGUUUGAGGAAAGAGGUGGGCAUAAUCGAACAAAAGAAUACAGAAUUCAACCGAGUUCACCGAGGCACAAGGCUGAUGACAACCCUUAUGUUCAUAUGUCACAGCAUGAUCCAAGGUCUGUGGAUAGACCAGAUAUUAUUCCUCACUCAAAUCAUUCUCGAGAAACCAGCGAAACCAGUAACUAUGGUUACUAUUCUCCACAGAGGGCGGAGGCUCAACAGAUGGAUCGUCUCUAUGGAGACGAAAGAGGUUAUCCACAGGAUCCUCAGAUUCUGAGGCAUGGAAGGAUCAAACCAGAACAUGAUGAAAAUUACCCCGGCCGUUCCAACAGUCAACACCCUAAGGAACCCCCCAGACUGUACCUCACUCAGGAUCAACCGCCAGUCAAUCAGUCCAGCCAACCAUUACAGCAAGCAAACAGAGAGAAUCUCAGUCUACCCGUUAGUCAAAAUGAUCUAUAUGUAGACAUUCCUCAUACGUAUGUCAAUAUUGGGGAUGCCUUAUCACACAGAAAUGGGGACCAGAUCAGUCCGGCCCCCCACCGCCCACCCCUUCCUUCAGCUGUGCGGUCUCAGUAUGUGGAGGAAUUGGCACAAGCCAAAACUCCCAAGACUUCCCAGGAGUUACUUGAUGCUGAGAGAGCUCUAGAGAUAAGAAUGCAGCAGCCUGCUUACUUCAAUUAUCCUACUCCCACCAGUGAAAAUGCACCACAUUUUCCCAGAGGAGGAAAUAAUUACCAGGGGAAUCACCUACAUCCAGGAUAUGUAGGUUAUCCUCACCAAAAUGAGGCUGGGCAUGGGAACCAAAAUGGGUACAAGUCAAAUGCCAACAAUCUCCAAGAUAUUGAUAAUUCAGAGGAACCUAGGAUUAUUAAGAAGUUUCAGAAAUCAACAAUGUUAAGAUCAGGGUCAAGAGAGGUACUCCAAAGUCUUGAUGCUAGUGAUCUUGCUCGUAGGCGAAUGAGCAGUCCUGAUAACUCAGUGACUCGGCAGCAGAGUAAAAAUGAGUCUGGGGAUGAAGAGACUUUCUUAAAGGAACAGAUCUCAGAAAGGGACUUGCUGGAGAAAAAUAAUAUAAUGCAUCAACAUAUGGUAGAACAAAGAAUGAAUGACAGUCACUCUGUGAUGAAUGAGAGUAGAGACCAGGAUGUUAGUUUCUCAAGAUAUCCAGGGGAAAGACAAGAACUAGACACCAGCACAAACUCCCUCAGUGGACCUCAGUUUGUGGAGAAUUCCAGAAGGCCAGGUGGUCAAAGAAAUUCCCUCAAUGGGUCCAACCUUAGCAGAGUCAAUAAUCUGUUCAUACAGAAUGCUCCCAUGAAUGAUAAAAUUACCAACAGGAGUUUUGAUGGAACUUUGCCCCAAACCAGCAAAGCAGCUGAAAGACCCACCAUGAAUGAUUAUAGGUACACAGCAGAUGACGAAACUGAGAGUGAGACAGAUGUCAAAAAGAGGCUGUCAACAGCAAGUUCUCAGGUAUCCAGAAGGGAGGAGUCAGAGACACAGAGGCCCCACCCACAAUCUGUCAAUCAAAGACCAGAUUUCGGUGGAAGAAAGGGAGGCAAGAAACCUGGUAUGAUCCAUACAGUGAAGGAGGAUCCUGAUAUGCCAGACUCUCAAGUCAUUGCGACUGCAGGACUCCCUGGUCUGAACAAGAAGUAUCCAAUUGGAGGUAGUCGAAUCAGAAUGAGCAUUUCGGCUGGGGAUCUCCUAGGGAAAACUCAUGAUGAGUUGGUUCUGAUGCUAAUACAGUUAAGGAGAGACCAGGCAGCUGAAGAAAAUGUCCGACAUUUCCUCCGACAAAGAUUGGAGGAGAAACGACAUGCAGAACACAGAUACAGACAAAUAGUUCAACAGUCAGGGGGUCCAGUGGAUGCUCAUUUAGAGGAGGAACACAAUGAAUAUACGAGACUAAAAUAUCAACUCAUAGAGGUGGAGAAAGGGCUGGAGGUGUACAGACCACUUGUAAAUUUGGUCCAUAACAUGGUGAACAUGGGCAGUCUGUAUGGAGGAGACAAUUAUAUGAUGGCCACCCAGUACAGAAAGCAUUUACUAUCUCCUGAGGAGUACACACCUCCCAAGAAAAUGAUUGAAUUUUCUCGUAAACACCAGGAAGAGGAGAUGGUACAAAGCAUGAAGGAGGAGAUUCGACAGCUGAAUCAGGACGAGGCAGACUUAGAGGAGAAAUUGGAAAGAUUGUACGAGCUUGAUCGCCUGCUGCAGGAGCAGUCGUACAAGGUCAUCAGUUACCAAGAGGAUAAGGAAUUACUAGAGAAAGCCCUACAUGGAAUCCUUAGACAGCAGGACAUGAGUCGUGAUAACCCCCGUGACCUUGAUAAUCUUCUACAUCAGCAGAGGACAAUAGAAAAGGAACUUUCCAGGGUCAUGCACUAUCUGGCAGAGGCCUCCAAGGAAUUGGAGGAAACUACAGCAGAGAAUAACAAAGUGGAGCAUGAGGUGGCCCUGUUGAGGUCAAAAGUUCAUGGUGACCUCAAUCGCAGCAAGAGUGCCCCUUCACUGUCAGAAGAAAAUUACAAGAACAAAGUGAAGAUGGAGAAGGACUUGGCACGAGUUCAGGACAUGAUGGUUGGACUGACAGAACAGCAGGCUGAGUUGUCAGAGGCCAUGAAGCGAUUCCGGAGGUUAUCCUCUGGUGGAGGGAUGGAAAACAUGCUGGAAAAACCUGAAAAAGAAUCACCUAAAACAAAUAAGAACAAAUCAGUGGAGAAGUUACCCAGCACUUACAUGGAGACAGAUCUGGAUACUGGGGACUCCAAGGAUCUGUCACAGGUCCAGCAGGUGCUCCACAGUUAUAACUCACUCCCCAGGGGAGGAUACUCACAGAAUACAUCACCCACAGAUGUAGGCAGAUACGAAACUCUGGUCAGCCAGAAUAAUGUGUCCUUAGAGAGCUCCUCUCUGUCUCCUGGAGGAGGUCCAAUGGAAAAUUCAGAUGGACAAUGGGACAUUUCAGAGGCUGACGAUAAUACCAAACGCUUCUUUGGUAUUAUACCCAAAGAGAAACCCAAAGUGUUAACUGUUAGAGAUGUGAAGCGCCAAUCAGAGCUCCGCAAAGAAAAUCACAAAACACGACGGGAGGAUGUUAGUCCUGAUCCAUCUUGGACUUAUGAUGGACAGGGAGUUCAGAGUGAAGAACAACCCACUUCUGGUAGCCAUGGUAACCACCCAGUGUACGAGAACCUGCCUCCGGUAAAUUCCAGUAAACCCUGGUCCUCUGUGUUGCCUAGCAACCCCUCCUCUGCUCCGUCCUCUCGCCGCUCCUCAAGCCUCCAUCUCAUGGGGCCGCGACCUUUUGUACCUUUCCACUUGCAAUCAAAUACACCCUCCCCUGUCACCCAUGUGGAAUCCCCUGUCACUGUCACCACCAAUAGCAGCUCAUUCCAUCAGCCCCAAACUGACGGUGUUGUCAAAGCCACCAGGAUCAUUGUACAGCCACCAUUUAAUGACAACGAAACAAACAGUGAUAAUGGAACCGCUCCUGUCAGCACCCACAGCAGUACGGGAAUGUUUAAUGUGAAGCGUACCCCUAAAGGGCGUUACAUGACCAUCUCUAGCAGUGAACCAGUCAAACUGGAAACAUCCUUCAUUCAGCCCACCUCUCCUAACACUGCAGCUGGGGAUCUCAUGACCAACAGAAUGGACAUGGUUCCGGACAUUGUGAAGAGUUCCCAGAAAGCUCCACAUCAGCUAGACGAGGCAGCCAUAGAACGAGAAAUUUUGUACGUCCCCAAUAAAGUGGAAAUCCCAGAAAGAUACAUACCAGACUCUGACGACGAAAGCAUUACAGAGGAGGAGAAGAUCAAGAGGGAAGAAAAGGCCGAGAAAAUCAAACGACUGCUGACCAAGUCCAGUGUCCAGCACUCACUUUCCCAGCCAGACGUUAGUCAAGUGGGGGAGAUCCACCAGCAAGCCAAGGAGCAAAAGAUCAAAACUGCUCAUCUCCUAGCCGUCAGCCAGGAACUCGCCAAACAGGUCACCCUCAAAUCUCGACAGGCAGCUGUUGAGAGAGCCAAAAGAAGAAAGACAUGGUCUGGGUCCCCAAGUAAAGUCACUGGUCCAGUUCUGGACCCAGAAGACCUAGAGGUGGGGCAGACCCUUGGGAGUUCUGAGAAUUUGUCAAUGUAUCACAGAAGACAGGGGAGCUCGGAAUUCAUAGCACCACACCACCGCAGACAGGAGAACAUGUACAUGUGAUAAAAAGUGACCAAUGCCUGGAAAAAUUUUAAAGCGGAAUAUAUUUAACAUUCAGUGAUGUCUGAACUCUUGAACAAUUUGUCUGAUGUUACAGAAGAAUUUUAGAAGAUUUUUCAAACUGAUAUAAAUGGCAGAUUUGGAAGACCCAUUCAGUGUGAUAUUAAAAAAAAUAUAUUUAUGCAAGAUUUUUUUUAAAGAUUUGAUUGGACUUUUUUUAAAAGAUAGAGGCUAAUAACAAUG